AUGUCAUCCAUAUACAACCUACGUCCAAGACCACUUCUGAAGCCUACAAUCUUCAGAUUCCUCAAUGAAGAGCGUUUCCCAACUCUGACAGCCGCGAUUGAUGCGUGUCCAGACUGCACAAACCCCGCACAGUCAAUCGAGGACUCUUCCUUCCAUCCAAGCAUCUCUCCAUCGACCACAACAGAGACGACACUAUCCUAUGUUACAGACAGCCUGUCUGAAGCAUCGUCGACGGAACUCUGGAGACUGGAAGUCUCGACAAGAGAUGACAGACGCGUCACGCACCCACAACACAUCGAAAUGACGUCCGACACAUCCGACACAAUGUCCCUAGACGGAAUGAACAUCCAUUCCAACCUACAGGACACACGCUCGGAAGACACGGACUCAGAAAUGAGCGCAAUGUCAAUCUCAGACACCGAAAUGAGCUAUGCGCCACUAGCUGAACGCAUAGACACGGGACAAGGACCAUCCGAAAUGAGGACAAGCCACAACUACACACAAACAGCAAAUUGA